AUGAAUUAAAAUUAGUAAGACACUGAAGAGCCAAUCUCAAAAUUAAAUCAAUUAAUGUUAACAGAUGAGCCCAUAGGUGAAAUUUAAGAUUUUCUCAAUUAUUCAUUAUCAGAUGGCUAAUUCUCUAUUCAAGGUUCAAAAGUCAACACUAAUAACAAUAUCCCAAGUUAAAGUUCUAAACAUAAAGCCCAUGAAUUUAAAAGAGUUACUUUUGAUUCUUCUCUUAAUAGUCCUACUACUAAGUUUUUAAAGAAUUAGAAAAGUUAAAAAUCUAUAGAUUCUUAACAAUUACCCCAUCAAUAAUAAUAAAUAUUUAGUGUAAUCUAAUUUUGUUUUAUAAAACGAUUUAUUAACAGAAUAAGUUGGAAAAAGAAAAUCAAUUCAUAAUUUAACCUAUAUUAAUACAAUAUUAUCCAUGAUUUAGGUUCUUCUUUUAAUUUGAAACUCUUUCGUGAUAGUGCAUUAAAUUUAAAACCAAUGAUUAGCUAAUUUAGUUAGACUUAAGAGGGGUUAUAACAUUUUGUUAAAAAAAAGUACUCAUUAUAUAAAUUAUUAGGGAAUUAUCAAGAAACAUAAAAAAGUAAAUUACUCAUCUAAAGACUUGUAAAGAUGAUUUAAUAAAAAAAAUUUAAUAAGAAAUUGAGAAGAUACCAUUGAUUACCCCUGAAUCAAGAUUAAAGAUAGUAUGGGAUUGUAUAGUGAUGAUGAGUAGACUCUAUUUUCUAUUUACAAUUCCUAUAGAUUUGGCAUGGAAUAAAUACUAAAUUAUAUAUGGUGAGUUAUAUAUUCCAACCAUACUGAUGAUUUUAUUACUAGUAUUUGAUUUUAUACUUAGUUUUAAUAGUUCAAUUUAUUAAUUUGGAUAAAUAGUAAGUAAUAGAGCUACAAUAGCUAAAAAUGUAAUAAGUAAAAGUUAUGGUUUGGAAGCGAUAUCUUUAUUAAUAUUAAUAAUUUAUGCGAUAAUAUCAAAUUCAUCCUAAUAAGAAUUUAAUUUAUUAACUGAAUGGUGGGAUUUAUUAAUGCUAUUAUUUUAUGUAUAAUGUAGAAAUAUACCAAAAUUAAUCAGUCAGGUAGAAGAGUCCUUGAAUUUAUCAAAACCUAGUAGUUCUUUAUUAGAAUUAUUUAAAUUACUGUUAGUUUUAUUUUUUGUUUUGCACUGUUAUUCUUGUCUUUGGUAUUUUGUAAUUUAUUUAUAUAAUAUUUAAAUAGGUUGGUUAUUACAGUUACUUAUAUUCAGAAAAAGGUAGUUGGUUAGAAUUUUAUCAUGUCGAAGAUGAAACAUGGUAAGUUUAAUAUUUAUAUUCAUUUUACUUCUCGACAGUAACAAUGUUUACAAUAGGUUAUGGAGAUGUAGUACCAAUUAGUUAUUUAGAAAGAAUAAUAGCAAUUCUUUAUAUGAUGAUAUGCAGUAUUCAAUUAAGUUACAGUGUUAGUACUGUUGGAGCAAUUAUUGAUACUAUUUCUGCUUAUGGAUAAGAAAAAAUGAGAAAAAUGAGAAAAAUUAAUUCAUAUAUGUAAAAUAGAAAAAUUGAAUAUUAAUUGCAAUACCAAAUUAGAGAAUACUUAAAUUAUUAUUGGGAAUCAUAAAAUUAAGUUGAAAAUGAUGAACUUAAUGAAAUUAUUAAUUAAUUAUCAGAAAAUCUAAAAGAGAAAUUAAUGAAUCAAUCAAAUUAAUUAAUAUUUAAUGAAUGUCCAUUAUUUUAAAAUAAUUUUAGUGAUGCAUUAAAAUCUAAAUUAGUUAAUAAAAUUAAAUAAGCAGUUAUUUAACCUGAAAAUAUAAUUAAUUUUGAUUCAAUAUUUCCUUAAUUACCACCAGGUUAAUUAUUUGUUUGUUUUGUUGAAUUUGGAGAAAUACAAAUAUUUAUUUAAAAUGAUUCAAUAGAUCAUAUACUUGAAAAUCCAUAAAUUGCUGAAGUAUUUAAGGUUGGAAAAGGUUCUAGUUUAGGUAUUAUAAGUUUCAUAAGUGGUAAAUAAUCUUAAGAGAGAUUUAGGAGUGUUGGAUUCUCUAAAUUACUUAUGCUUUCUAGGGAUGAUUUUUUAAAAGUAAUUUAGGAUUUUCCAGAAGAUUAUGAAAGAUUUAGAAAUCUUUAUGAUAGUUUGUAAUUUGAAGAUCUUAGUGUUUUAAAAAUGAAAUGUUUUAGUUGUAAUUCCAAAAAUCACAGGGUUCUUUAAUGUCCAUUAUUACAUUAUAUACCUGAUAAAGAAUUAAUUUUAAAACGCUAUUGUUAUAGUCACCCUUAAAAUAGAAAUUCUAAAUAUGAAAGAAAUCCAUUUAGAUAAAGAGGAUACUUUGCAGCAAGAUUUGAUUAAGAAGUUAUAGAAUAAGAAGCAAAUUCAUUUAAUAAUAAUAAUUGGAAAUGGGCAGAAUUUUAUGAAGAACCAGAAGAAGAAUAAUUAAAAAAAAGUGAUAUUCAUCAAUAACCAAUCCCACCAAUCUUAGAGUAGACUGAACCAAACUUGCAACCUUAAAUAUAAUUAUCAUAAAAUCUAAAUAAUUUCGUUUAGCCUGUUACAGAUUAAUCUUCUAAAGUAAAUUUGGAACCUCCUCCUAUCAAAAAAAAAGCCACUUUAUUUAAAUAAAGAACCUAGACAAUAGAAUUAUUGGACAUUGAGGAUAAAUAAUUGAGAGCAUCACUUAUGAGCAAAGCAAGAAAUUAAAAUAUUUUUAAUAAUAAUCUUAUGAUUAUAUAAGAAGAUAAUCAAGAAAACUCGCCAAAAGAAAAAAAUACUUAAGCGAGAGUAUCAUUUAGUUUAGAUUAGUAUAAGAAAAAAAAACCCAAGGAAAAUAUUCAAAAAAUGAAGAGAGUAGUUCAAAUGAUUACCAAUAUGAAUAGACUUAAGAAAAGAUAAAAAUACAAAAAGGAAACAAAAUCAAUAAUAAAUCAAUUUCUCGAAAUCAUUCAAUCUUAGUAGUUUUUGAAAAAUUUAUUAUCGAAAGUUAAAAUUAGAAUAAAGUAAAUACAGGAUGGAAAAAAGCAAAUUUUAUAAGAGAAAGAUAUAUAAGAUACGAUGAUGUUGGAAAUUAAAUUGAAAAUGUAAAUUGAAUAAUUAAAUGAGUAUUAAAAGAAGGAUUAAACUUUAGUGAUGGAAUCAUAUAAGAAAUAUAAAUACUAUUAGAUAUAAAACAACUUAGAUUAGAUCUUGGAGAAGAUGUAUUAUUACAAGUAACAGUAUGUAUUCGAUGAAAAAUUAAAGCUUUAUCAAUCAAAGUUAUUAAGAUUUAUGUUUUAUCCAGAAUUAUUUUUUGAGAAAUACAGGUAUUAAUAAGUAAUAAUUCCAAAAUUUGAAAUUGAAGAAUCCCAGAAAACUUCCGAGUAAGAUUCUGAACAUACUUUAAAAAGAAGUCGUAUGCUUAAAAAGAGUUUUAGAAAUUUAAAAUUAUCUCAGAUUAGGCCGAUGUCUGACGGGACUGGAAAAUUUUAGAUGUGA